AUGUUGCAAAUUCAAGCAAUCACUCUCGAAAACCAGCAGAAAAUCGUUCAAAAGUUGGCCACGCAUUCUGUGCAGCUUGAAGAAAUAUCUUUACAACUUGCAGAGAUAAAACAGGGUCCAAGUGUUACUUUGUUGAAAGAUGCAAACUCUAUAGAUAACGAAAGUUUUACAAUAAAACCCAUUGAAAAUCAAACAGAUCUUAUAUCACUGGACCAAUUACUGACAAAUAAAGUAGAAAAAAAUAAACUACGAAGACGUUUGUCGUUCUUAUGCUCAGCUUCUGAGGGCGAAGGAAAAACUUGUGCCUAUAAAUUAUUAGAUAUUUUAUUCACUAGAGAUUUCCUUUGCAACUGUUCAUGGGCAGGUGGAAGUAGAGGAGAUAGGUCGAAAAUUGGUCUUAAAGAUUACAAGAAUGUUUUAAAAUUCUUUCACGGUAUGAUCUAUACUUGGGAUCCAACAUAUACCGUACAAGACAAUGAAACAUUUUUCAAAAUUAUUACUAAAAAUUCAAGGCAACGGAAAUGUAUGAAAAACCAUAGAAUGUCUUCUAAAAGAUGUCGCAAGACUAAGGGUAAUUUAAAUAAACGGCAAAGGAGUGGAAAUAUAAAGCAACCAGAUGAUGAUGAAAAAGAAAUUGAGGGUGAAAACACAGUAAUUGAAGAAGAUCAGUUAAACGAUGAGUCCAAAGAAAUAACUGGAGGAGAAAGCGUCCCAAUCCAAAUACAAGAAAAAAAUGAGAAUGAUGAAGAUAGCGAAAUGUGUUUGUGUUAAUCGUUAGACAAUUCAUUUUUUUUUAACUUUUUUGUAUUGAUAGGUCCACCUACUUUUUCGUGCUUAGAAGGUGACGAUAACUGUAAAAUAUUUAUUAUUAAAAUAAUUUAAAAUAGAAAACUUAAGUAAUUAUGAUAAAGUUUUUUAUUGGUACGUAUGCAAUAAUGGUAUGAAGUAUAAGUAUUCAUGAUGAUGCAAACAUACUAAUUUACAUAGUAGAUCCUUAGGAUCAAGGACAAUAUCAGAAUUACUACCAUAAUUUUUUACUUUGUAA